AAUUAUAUAGUAUUACAAAAGUCUUCUUUCUUAUAACAUGCCUGUCAUUCGUGGUUUUUGAGCACUCAUUGUGUUGAAGGUUACAAGGUCAUGAAUACUCAUCAUAAACAGAUAACAUUGUUGGAAUUGUGAUAACUAUUGUCUCUUAUCCACAAGUAGCAUCAUUUGUUUCCACAGUAAAGCUAUGUGAAGAUUUAUUUACCGACUUGUAGCACAAUUUUGUUAAGCAGUGAUUCAUCCAUUCCAUCACUUUAUAAAAAAAACAUACAAUAUCAAAAUUAAAAUUAAAGAGAUGGAAUUCUAGGAAUGUGUAAUGGUUGUGAAGGUAAUAUGUAGGUUGGCAACUGCUUACAUACGUAGGGUAUAAGUGGUUGUAGAUAAUGGUGAGGCGUAGUGUUGGAAAUUUUGGUAUGAAAAGGCUAGCAUAAUUGAAACUGCAUAGAUUUAUUGUUGUGACGUCUUCUUGUCAUAAAUUGAAGAAAUUUUGAGAAAUGAACAAGUGUCCACCAAUUAAAGAGUUUCCCGUAGAUGGGGAGCGACGCCAACGACUAUUAUGUAUAUCGGAAAAAUUUUCUCUGGCCUUUUCUUGCAGUCCACAAUAUUAUGUUCGAGCUCCUGGAAGAGUUAACCUCAUUGGUGAGCAUGUGGAUUACUGUGGUUAUGCUGUAUUUCCCAUGGCUGUUGAACAAGAUAUCCUCAUAGCAGUUGCAACCAACACCUCUGGGAGUCUCAAUAUCAGAAAUGUUGAAGCAGUUUACCCUGAAUUUUCCUGUAAUAUUAAUGAUUUUGAGAUCAACAAAAAUAAGCCUGCAUGGUUUAACUAUGUUCUGUGUGGAGUUAAAGGAAUCCAGGAUGAAGGUGGCAUUGUGGGGGCCAUGACUGGGUUGGACAUGGUAGUUGGAGGCAACAUCCCCCCCUCGUCUGGACUAUCAUCAUCCUCGGCCCUGGUGUGUGCUGCUGCUCUGGCUGUUGCACAUGCCCACAGUCUUUCUCUGGCCAAGGACAGGCUUGCUGAAAUCUGUGCCCACUGUGAGACACACAUAGGAACACAGGGAGGAGGAAUGGACCAAGCAAUAUCUUUCCUUGCAACUAAAGACACGGCAAAAGUGAUUGAGUUUAAUCCAUUGCGAGCAACAUCAGUUAAUCUACCUGCAGGAGCUAUAUUUGUGGUGGCUAACAGUUUAGCCCCAAUGAACAAAGCAGCCAAUUCAAGCUUUAACUGCCGUGUCAUGGAGUGUCGUUUAGCAACACAAAUAAUGGCCAAACAAGCAGGAUUAGCCUGGCGGGAAUACAACAAAUUAGGACAACUGCAAAAAAUCAUGGGGAAGAGUCUGCCACAGAUGAUCAGUCUUGUGUCUGAGACAUUUGAGCCUCGGCCUUAUAGCAAGGAAGAGAUUUGUGAAAUGCUUCAUACCACUUCUGAAGAAUUAGAUCAGCUAACUUUGAGUGAAAAUACGAGAGACAUUCAAGAGUUCAAGCUACACAACCGUGCCCUGCAUGUUUUUUCUGAGGCUCACCGUGUAUGGGAAUUCAAGCGUGUGUGUGAGGAAAAGAGUGAUACAGCCCUGGAGGAAUUGGGGAAACUUAUGCUGGACUCUCAUAGAUCCACUCAAUUACUGUACGAGUGUUCACACCCCAAACUUGAUGCCUUGGUUAAUCUUUCACAAGGAGUUGCUUUAGGAGCAAGACUAACUGGAGCUGGAUGGGGUGGGUGCAUAGUAGCCUUGGUGAAAGAGGAUGAUGUAGAAAACUAUAAGAAGGUGCUGCUGGAGGACUUUUACAGCAAAGAAGCAGCAGCAGAUGGCAGAGAUAUGAGUAGUGUUCUCUUCAGCUCUCGGCCAGGCUCUGGGGCCUGCAUUUUUGUAAAGUGAGGUUAUUUAUGGUGCAGCAAUUUGUAAACAUACCUUAGAUGGAGCUUCACUGGUAUUUAUUUAUUUAUCAAUCAUAUGAAAGUCUGAAAAGGCAUUAUGUAAGUGUGCCAUACUUUAUACACAUAUCUACUUGUUUUCUCUUACAUUAAUCAGUGUACAGUUAGAUAAGUUUGCAGAUACUUCCAGUAUGAUGUUUUAGUACAACUUGCAAUACCUAGUUGAGUAUAGUAUCAGACAAAUAUUCAGCUACACUCUCCAACAAUUUUUUUGUUUUUUAGAGAUUUGUGCUGAAAUUUUUUAUCAAACGUACAGUAAUUUAUAAAGUUUUGUAAGUCUUCAUCAGUUAUAGUGACAAAUUUAUUUACAGUAUUUAUGAAUGGUAAUCUAGAUGCUAUAACUGUAUACAGUGCAAUUGAACAAGUAAAAACAACUACAGUACUUGUACAGUAUCUAUAUUCCUCAGUGCUCUUGGACCUUAAAACUAAUUUAAGCUUUCUUAAUCAACAUUUUUAAUGUGCUAAUAAUGCAUUGUUCAGGGGAAUUUUAAUAAAUUAGUAUCUGUAGUGUAGAAUAAUUUAUAGUAAUUAUAAUUUCAUUUAUGUGAUGCCUUAAAAGCUAGUCAAAUAUACUAUCGUCAGGAAACAGUACCUCAGGUUUGCUUGUCACAGAUACACAAAAGGUGUUGCUGUUCAAUUAGUUGAUACAAACAAUGCAUUGUUUCAUACAUUUGGCUGUGAAGUUGUCUAGGUACUUUGACAGAAGGCAACUGCUAUAAAACAUAUAACAGCAAAUCGUGUAUUGACCAUUUGUUAGGUAAUUUGUAACUCGGUCCUACUGGUGAUAAAGAACAUCACACACACUGGGGCUAAUCUUGUGUUUGUUUUUAUUUACCGAGAACUGGUAAAUUACGAACGUGAAAGCUGAUUGUCAAAUACCUAUUUCUAGUAUUACUUUGUACUAGAAUACUUUUCAAAGGUUGUCGGAGCUAGCCAUAAAUAUAGUACAGUAGUGUACAGUGUACUGAAUUAAUAUUAAAAUUGUAGGUGCCAAUAUUUUAAAUUAGUAUGGUGUGCAAUAUGAACAAUAUCUUUGUAAGCAUUCAAUGAUACAGGCAAUAUUUUGUUAGUUUAAUUAUGGUGCAGGUUUUAUGUACAUAUAGUUCAAAUAUUCAUGUUACAUUCCCAUUAUUACAGUGUUUAAAUGUGACAUGUGGAUCUUGUUGUCAUAUCUUAUUGUGAUUGCUAGUUUUGCUCUUUAAUAAUCAAAUUAUUGUAAUUAUAAUUGCACAGCAUGAACACAAAGGAAUCUUAAGUGUUUAUAUGAACACACAUUAUUUAAUGAAAUUUGUAUCAAAGUUGCAAAAAAGUGAUUGUUGUGCUGUUCUGUGUUGUGCACGUCUGAAUGUACAUUUAUUAUAACAUGGUUAUUUUGUUAUGAUAUACUAUUGGAGGUUUAGGCAUUACCAAAAUCAGAUUUUGACAAGGAUACAUUAAAUUUGUAUUAUUUUGUAGUGGACUUGUUUGAUCUUGGAUAAAGUUUGAGUUGAACUUGUCAGAAAUCAGACAAUUGAUGGAUAAGAUGUCCUUUUAAGCAUCUAUAAAAUGCUUUUUCCAUAUUGCUCUCCUACUCUUUUCAGACCAAGGCCAUGGAAGUGGGAGAUGUGGCAAUAAUGAUAAAAUCUUCUUGGGUGUUAUAAUAUUUUAUAAGGUUUAGCUAAAGUAUGUUAAGCAUUUUGUUCACACUUCAGAAAGCAUUAUCAAAAUGUUUAAUAAAAAAUUUCUUAAAUCAGCCAUGCAACCCUGUAACAAAUACUUUUGAUGGAAAGAGACAAUUAAUAAAACAUGAUUAACA